AGGGGCAUUGGGUGGUGGUGGGUUUGAUAAUGAAUUGUUGAAUCAUAACGAUGAUGCACGCCGGCAGCUUUUCCUUGUAUGUCUCUUUCUUUUUCCUCUUUCCCCUCAAAAUGGGAUUUUAAUUUGUCACGCCUGCAUGCUCCCACUCACUUAUACUCCCCUCUUUUCUAUGUGUAUCAAACCUAAUACUAGUAGUAUUCUUUUUGUACCUUUAUCCCUAUUUCUUUAUUACUAACACAACACCAUCUAUAUCUUUUUGUCAGAAAAUUUCAUUUCUAUAUCUCCAUGUCAUAAACGGCAAAAAGAAAAAAACUAUUUUCAUGUCUAUUUGAAUGACUUCCCUUAAAGAAGAAUAUAGCACAACCAAAUCCCUAUUUCAUUCUUAUAUUAUUCCAUUCUUAUCACCGAUCGAGUGCCUCGGUAAAAAAGAAAAAGCACAGUGAAGUUUUUUUACUUGUCUCUUUUUAUUCUUCUCUAUGCCCACUAUAUACUUCUCUCUUUCUUUAAUUAUGUAAAUAGGCUCAACCUUGCUACAAUCCAAGUUGGAGAGAGAUAUGCUUUUGAAUUCCUCCCACUCUUUCCUCCAACAACUCCACUUCUUUUGCUUUGAACCAUCCAACAGAAUCACUAAAAGGUAUUACUAGUCUUGUGUACAUUUAUUCUUUUUAACUUUGAUGUUGGUGGCAAGAGAAAUUUUUUUAGUUAAAUGGAUACUUUGUUUAGAUUAGUUACCCUUCAACAACAACAACAACAGCAACAAAUCCAACAACAACAAUCUGAUCAGUAUUCCUUUAACUCUAGCAGAACUUCAAGCAGCUCUAGAUCUUCUAACAAACAAAACACAUACAAUAUUUACAAUUACCACCCUCAUCAUCAAGAUCAUCAAGACGAAGAAUGCUUCAACUUUUUCAUGGAUGAAGAUGAUUUCUCUUCUUCCUCUUCUAAACACACCAACUACCCUUCUCAUCACUAUACUCACUACCAACAACAACAACAACAAAUUUCCAACACUCCCACACCAACAACCACUAGCAGCACCCCAACACAACAAUCUCAUCAUCAUCAUCACUAUGAUCAUCAGUUCUCCCCAGCACGUGACUUAAAUCUCGAAUUUGCUUCCUCAUUUUCGGGGAAAUGGGCAACGGACAUCCUUCUAGAAACUGCCCGUGCAAUAGCGGAUAAGAACAGCACACGUGUCCAACAGCUCAUGUGGAUGUUGAAUGAGCUAAGUUCACCCUAUGGAGACACUGAGCAAAAAUUAGCCUCCUAUUUUCUUCAAGCAUUGUUUAGCCGCAUGACGGAUUCUGGCGAACGUUGUUAUCGAACGUUGUUGUCUGCUUCGGAUAAAACAUGUUCGUUCGAGUCAACAAGGAAGUUAGUUUUAAAGUUCCAGGAAGUUAGCCCUUGGACAACUUUUGGUCACGUUGCAUCCAAUGGUGCAAUUAUGGAAGCAUUAGAAGGUGAGAGCAAGUUGCAUAUAAUUGAUAUUAGCAAUACUUAUUGUACUCAAUGGCCUACUUUGCUAGAAGCACUUGCUACCCGCACCGACGAAACACCUCAUCUCCGUCUAACCACGGUGGUUUCCGCCAGCAGUGCAACCGGAGGAGCAUCGUCGGUGCAAAAAGUGAUGAAGGAGAUUGGUAGUAGAAUGGAAAAAUUUGCUAGGCUUAUGGGCGUGCCUUUUAAAUUCAAUGUGAUUCACCAUAUGGGAAAUUUAUCUGAAUUGGAUAUUGGUGCGUUAGAUAUUAAAGAAGAUGAAGCUUUAGCAAUUAAUUGUAUUGGUGCGUUACAUUCGGUUACGCCAGCCGGCAAUCGAAGGGAUUAUUUAAUAUCAUUGUUUAGGAGAUUGCAACCUAGGAUUGUUACUAUAGUUGAAGAAGAAGCUGAUCUUGAUGUUGGUGUUGAUGGUUUCGAUUUUGUCAAAGGUUUUCAAGAAUGUUUGAAAUGGAUUAGGGUUUAUUUUGAGUCGUUAGACGAGAGUUUUUCGAAAACAAGUAACGAACGUUUGAUGCUAGAGCGACAAGCGGGACGAUCCAUCGUUGAUUUACUAGCAUGCCCACCAUCAGAGUCAAUGGAGAGGCGGGAAACGGGGGUAAAAUGGUCAAAUCGCAUGCAUGGAGGAGGGUUCAUACCAGUUUCAUAUAGUGAUGAAGUUUGUGAUGAUGUUAGGGCUUUAUUGAGAAGGUAUAAAGAAGGGUGGUCAAUGGGACAGUGUGGUGGCGGAGAUGCCGCCGGAAUAUUCUUGUCAUGGAAGGAACAACCGGUGGUGUGGGCCAGUGCAUGGAAGCCUUAAAUUAAAUUAGGACCAAUUGGUGCUGUGGGUGGUGAGUCACCAUCAAGAUCUUCCUAUUUGCUCUCUCACUUUAGUUAGUGGAUUUGUUUGGAGUGGAUAUGGAAUCAAGAAAGGGUGAAGAAGUUGCUUUAAGUCCUCUUGAUGGCCCCCUUCCACAUCAGAAAAAUGAACUUAGGCCUUUGAAGUGGAUGACUACUUUUGGAUUUUGGCCCACUGAAAUAAAGAAAGUAAACAACAAACAAACAUUCAUUCAGUAAUAGUAGUGGGAAGUGGAGGGGAACUUCUUUUGAUGAGACCUGCCCCCCUUCCACGUUAACACAUUCUCACUGCCUUUUCACCUUUCUUCUAUCUUUCUUUUUCUUUUCUUUAAUAACGUAAGAUCUUCAUCUUCUUUAUUUAGGUGGGCCCCCUUUUAUUUAGUUAAGUGUUGUCUAAUGUCUACGAUUGGUUUUUAUUUGAUUCGGGUUUUAUAUAUUAUGAUGAUCGAAAAUUGACCAAGACUUUUGGGUGUGAUUGGUACGACGGUAAAUGUUUUUGUAAGAUAAUGAGUGGUUUUCUUACUUGUUAUUUUAAACGUAUCUAUAUAUAAUCUAGAUUGAUAUUA